GAGGAUCAGCACUGCAACACCAGAGCAGCUAGCAGCGUGGAUCUGAGUCCUGACUCAACACAGGAGCACAUCAGAGAGGAUACAGAGAGGAGAUAACCGUCACCUCAGCUGGAAGAAAUAACAAAGCGCUCCAUCAGGAUUGCAAGUUUGGACAGAAAGAGUCCAUCUUCAGACAAAAAUAUCCCCAAUAAGGAGAAGUAAAACAAGAAGUGAAGAUGAACCUGUUAGUCAUCCUCGCCACCCUUGCGGCCUUCAGCGUCGGCGUGGCUUUUUCACGAAGAGGGCCAAAAAAGAGAUGGUCACCUACACCCAGGGGCACUGACGGAGAGAUGUGUCAGUCCGGGGAUGGGAGCAGAUACAGGGGAUUUGUUUCCGAGACAGAAUCAGGCCGCAGAUGUCUCAACUGGAACAAGUUUGAAGUCCAUUCAGGAGCUUCUAAGGGACUUGGCAACCAUAAUUACUGCAGGAAUCCCGACCAGAGCUUGAAGCCGUGGUGCCGUGUCCGAAGAGGAAGGAGGACUGUGAGAGCAUUCUGUGAUAUUCCCAGAUGUUCUAAACCUCCAGCGGCUGUGGAUACAGAGCUGACCUGUGGCGAGAGGUCUGAGCGGAGGAUGAACAAAAUUGUGGGUGGUUCCUUCACACCCAUAGAGUCGCACCCAUGGGUCGCUGCUCUCUUUCAACGCAGCGGUUUCCUCUGUGGUGGCUCUCUCAUCUCGCCAUGCUGGGUCCUCACGGCUGCACACUGCUUCGCUGACGGUGCGAAGACUGACAUCCAGCGUCUGUCUGUGUACCUGGGGAAAACUGCCAUCAAUGACACCGAUGCUGACAGGGAGCAGAGCUUCACUGUGGAAAAACUGAUCAUCCACCAACAAUUCAACGAGUCCAACUUAAACAAUGACAUAGCCCUGUUGAAGAUCAAAAGCAAAAACGGAGGAUGUGCAGUGAAGUCAGCAUCUGCUCGGACGGUGUGUCUUCCUCCGUCUCACACUCAGCUUCCUGCAGGGUUUCAGUGCAGCAUCGCAGGAUUUGGGAGGGAGAGAUUCGGAGCGUGGCGUUACUCUCAGUACCUGAAGCAGGCCGAGGUGAAACUGCUCCCCCAGACUGACUGUACAAGUAAGUUGUACUAUGGAGAUCGCAUCACUGAGAACAUGUUCUGUGCUGGGAGCCCCGACUGGAGCACCGAUGCCUGCAAGGGUGACUCUGGCGGUCCGUUGGUGUGUGAAGCGUCAGGCCGGAUGUUUCUGUUCGGGGUGGUGAGCUGGGGCGAGGGCUGUGCCAGCAAGAACAAACCAGGAGUUUACACACAAGUCACCAACUACAACAAGUGGAUCGCAGUCAAAACAAAGCUCCCCAAAUACACCCACGGAUUCAUGUAUCCCACAAAAUGAAACUGUGGCAGAAAGACGGGCAUUUCAUCUCUUAAAGGAACGUUUGGCAGCAGUUUUGUAGCUAAUGGGCUCUUAAUGUAAAUUCAGAAUAGUUUUGCACAGUGAAGAUUUACUGCAACAGUUCUAAGUGAAUGUUUAACUUUAAAUAUGUUUUACUGUAUAUAGUGUAUAUUUUGUAUUACUUGUGUGUGAACUUUUUAUGCUAAGAGUGUAAACAAGCUAUUGGAAAAUAAGUUUAUUUAUCUAAUUUAAUUUAAUGAGCAUUUCCUCUUUUAGAAGGCUGGCCCUGCUGUUGAGCUUUUUUUU